AAGUAUCCUUGAUUAUGGAACUUGCUUUCUGGAGCCCUGUAGUGCAUUAGCACUAAGUAAGUUAGAUGGCAUCCAGUCUGAAGCUCUUCGCAUUGUAACUGGCGCCAUGAAGUCAAGUCCUAUUAAUGCACGCCAGGUUGAAUGUGUGGAUCCUCCUUUAAAACUAAGGAGACAAUUUUUAAGUGAUAAAUUUCUAUUUAGAGCUCUUCAACUUUCUGACCACCCUCUUUUUAACAAGUUACACGAUUCUGAACAAAAUGGCCGCCCGUGCCCCUAAAACUGUGCAAUCUGGAGCAUCUAGAGAUCCGCGUAUAAGAAAUGUAGCCGCGCCCGAACCACCUGUGGUUUGUCGAGACUACGUAUGGGGAAAUUGCUACGGUCCGUGUAGAUAUCGUCAUGAAUGCACGACCGAAGAAAUGUUAUCAAUAUUGCAGUUUUGCCACAAUUUUCAAAACCGUACUGGCUGUAAUAGACCAAAGUGCACAUUUCUCCACACAUCCAAAGAAGAGGAAAAUCUCUUUCGUACGACGGGGCAGUUACCGCAAGUUUUACUAGAAAGACGCGCAGCCAUGAGAGCUGCUGCAGCUAAUAAUAAUGUAUUUGGGUCGGAUGCAGUCUCGCCGGCUAUGUAUUUGACCCAGCCGCCGCCACAGCUACUGUCAGGUCCACCUCCUCUGCCAGUAGCCCAACCAACCCUCACUAUGAUGCCUCCACCUCCACCACCACCACCACCACCACCACCACCACCACCAACAGAAACUUCUACAGUGACAACUAAUGUCUCUGCAGUAUAUACAGCACCACCACCACAAGCCACACCUGUUGUUCUUGCAAAUCAACCACCUCUACCUUUACCCAUGUUCGAUGCAAGUAGACCACCACCUGGUAUUACCCGUGCUGUUAAACGGCCCUUAAGUGACAGUCCUGAAGCUGGGCCAAGCAAGAUAAGGAAAGGCGAUGAUACACAAGAACCUGACAGUGUUUGCGAAAAGUGUAUACAACGAGAAAUAAGUUGUGCCCUGUGCCUAGAAAAGUUGGAAAGAUUGAACAGUCAGAAGGAAUACAAAAAAAAUGUGUACAAAUGUAAAACCGAGGAGGCGGAGAACAUGAGAACAAUAAUGAGAUUACUUUUUCCAACUGAAAUAUUUAUAGCAGUUGAAGAGUAUAUUGAUGGUGUUCAAAGUACUUCUUUAGGCAUGUCGGUACCGAUGCAGUUAAUGGUACAUAGAUUAAUCGAGGAUAGACUCUCAAAUUCCAGCAAUAUGAUGGACUCUAUACAAUCCUCAUCAUUGAGAGAGCUUUUAGUUGGAUAUUUACUUGACUCAACUUCAACGUCAGAGAGAUUGUCUCCGCCCGAAACCUGGUCAAACCUCUUACGCAGUGAUUUAGAUGUAUCUAGGACUACUGUAUCAAGCUCCGAUUUAUCUACAAAUGGGUUAAGUAAACUGUUUAAUGGACACAAAGCCACAAAGCAGCAGACAGACACAUCCCUUUCGGUUCAUCAUCGGUCCGUCGUGGCGCCGGCGAGCGCUGUGUCUGUACCGGGCGGUGGUCUUUCGGGGGUAGGCGCGGCGUCGUACGCUUCAUACCAGCCGGGCCUGCCCCCUCCCGCGCCUGCGUCUGCGCCCGCGCCCGUACCUACGCCCGCACCCCCAGUGGUGGCGGUGGCGGCGGCGGCUGCGGUGCCCUCAUACCAGCCGGCCGUGCCGCCGCCUGCCUACCCCCCGUACCAGCCCGCCUACGCCCCCUACCAGCCCGCGUACCCUCCGUACCAGCCUACAGUACCGCCGCCACCUACAAUGCCUCCGCCGCCGCCUGCGCGUGUGGCCUACGCACCGUUGCCCUACGCCUCCACAGAGUCGCCGACAAGCGCGGCAUUCCCCAUCCCCAGCACGUCGCGCGUGCCCCCCGCGCCGCAGCCCGCCACCACCUCCACCACACCGCAAAACUACGGCCCCUACCAGGCGACGGGGUACCCCUCUCACCACUACCUCCAAUAACGACGUGAGGUAGGUGAGCGGCGACCCGACACAAUACACGUCUGCUGUGCUCUGUGCCCGUGUGGCACUGUAAACUGUUACCACAAUCAGUGUUGCCAACUCGGAUUUUAAAAAAGACGUAGGCCCGAUGAGAAAAUUACGUAGAAUUGGUAAAUUUUGCAUAUGAAAAGUAACUUCGUACUUUUUUCUGAGUGAAAUGAAGAAGCGAUUUGAAACCGAAUAAAACGAGUAUUUUGUUAUACUGUUUGUUUAAGAACGGGAGAUAGAACAAAGAGUUCUUGGCGAAGUCGCUGCAUUGGAAAUUUGGAAGCAUUUACCAUGCUGUGGUAAACAUUUACCAUCAGACACAGACACUGGUGGGUACUUACACAUGAACAUAUGCUUAAAACUUGCUAAAUCCUGUAACUUUAUCGACUGAAGGUCUUUUCUUUUUGCAAAGAUCAAUUCGAUGUGAGUAGAUACUCAUAGAUAGUAGUAAAAGUUUAAAAAUACAAUUUUUAAGGUUAUGUAUGUACCUACUAAGUCAAAGAGUUUUGUCGUUUCUGCUUUCACAAAUCCUGCGUCCAGCAUUAAUUUAGUAAAAAAAACCAAUAACGGGAACCUUUUCUACAAGAUACAAGAGUGUUUAGAUACAUCUUUAUAAGAAAUAAACAUUUGUAUAGUUUUUAAGUAAAGUAACGGAAAAUAUUCUUCUUUAUUCUAGUGAAUUAAGUUAUUUUACAAAUUUGAAAAAAAUUAAGAAAAUACGUAGAUUCUGGGACUGAAGUUAGUAGGUUUCCAGAAAAGGCCUAAAAUACGUAGAUCUACGUAAAAAGACGUAGAGUUGGCAACACUGACCACAAUGUCAUUGUAAUCUCAC